GUGCUAGCUCGAACACCGGUGGAUUAGCAUUGAGCUAAUGUAUAAAACUUCAGACCGGCCCAUCCACAUGAGCAGGAGAUCGUAAGCUCCGUGCGUAACGAGCGGAAAUGCGAAACUAGGAGGAAGCGGGACCAGAAGAAGCAGCAGAGUUCAUUUAGUUAGUAGCGGAUAUAUUAUGAGAGCAUGGCUUUAUUCUGACACCCCGUACACUCUGGUUUCUGUUUUCUGUUCUGGUUUCACAUAUCCUCGCAAGACUCGCGUGCUCAGGCAGCAGGACACUGGACGUUACGUCACGUCACGUCAGCCUGGACUCACCCCGUGUUUGCUAGGAAUGGCAUCUAGGAGCAGGUUUCUUCUACACAGAGCCUUCAGUGGACUCAGACCUCACCCUGUGUGUUGUCGGAGCUCAGGCUCGACCUUUAGUCAAGGACGUGGGCUGUGGAGACCUCAGCUCAGACAUGUGAGCUGCUCACGUGCACCCCUCCAGUCUGUUGCCCCUGUCACAGGUCCCAGCAGUCUGUCAUUCAGAAGUCACACCUGUGGAGAACUGAGACCACAUCAUGUUGGACACCGGGUCACUCUGUGUGGCUGGGUCCAGUACCUCAGACAGGACCUGUUUGUCAUUUUACGAGAUUUCAGUGGGUUGACACAAGUUUUAAUCCCUCAAGAACAAUCUUCAGGUCAAUUGAAAGCGGCGCUGUGUGAUCUCACAGCUGAGUCUGUCGUCAAGGUGACAGGAACAGUGAAACGACGGCCAAUGGGACAAGAGAACAAGGUUUUCCAGCUGGUUUUUGUUUCAAGUCUCAUUCUGCUGUGCACAAACCAACAGAUGAUGCCAACAGGAGAAAUAGAAGUGGCUGCUGAGAACUUGGAGAUUUACAACGUGUGCCAGAAGUUGCCUUUUGAGAUCAAGGACUUUGUCAAAAAAUCAGAGUCUUUGAGGAUGCAGUAUCGGUACCUGGACCUGAGGUCCAAUCAGAUGCAGAGGAACCUCCGGUUGAGAUCUCAGCUGGUGAUGAGGAUGAGAGAAUACCUCUGCAACACACAUGGUUUUGUCGAUGUGGAAACUCCAACUUUGUUCAAAAGAACACCAGGGGGAGCUAAGGAGUUUGUGGUUCCGUCCAGAGAGCCUGGUCGGUUUUACUCCCUUCCACAGAGUCCACAGCAAUUUAAACAGCUUCUAAUGGUGGCUGGCAUAGACAGGUAUUUUCAGAUUGCCCGGUGCUACAGAGACGAAGGCUCCAAACCAGACCGUCAGCCUGAGUUUACCCAGGUAGACAUGGAGAUGUCAUUUGUGGACCAGACAGGAAUAAUGUCCCUGGUGGAGGGUUUGUUGCAGUACUCCUGGCCUGCGGAGAGCGGUGCCAUCAAUAUUCCGUUUCCGACCAUGACGUACGAGGAGGCAAUGAGGGACUAUGGAGUAGACAAACCUGACACCAGGUUCAGUAUGAAGCUGAUGGACGUCAGUGAGCUUUUCUUACCCUUAGAAAUUGAAUUCUCCAGAUCUGCUCUGAGCCAACCAGGGGGCUCCAUUCAGGCCGUGUGUGUCCCCGGUGGGGCGAAACUUUUCUCUGGGAAAGUUUUGGAAGAACUGAAGGAAACCUCCAGGACUCAGUUUGGACAGGUAGGUUCGUCUCACCUCCUCUCCGGGUUGUGUCCACUGCGUCCAUGCUGUGUUCUUCAUGUAUGUUUGUUUUGUCCCAAGGAGCUGAGUGUAGUGCUGGUUAAAGAAGACAACACAUUGAAGUCUCCCCUCAAGAAACUGUUGUCUGUGUCUGUCACUGAGGAGCUGCUGAAGAGGACUGGAGCCAAACCCGGAGACCUGCUGCUGAUGGCAGGUGGUUCCCUUCACACUGUGCGCCCUUCGCUGGGCAGCCUCCGCCUGCAGUGUGCGCAGCUUUUGGAGUCCCAUGGCGUUUUGUUACGAGAGCCUUCAGCCUUCCACUUCCUGUGGGUUGUGGACUUCCCAUUAUUCCUGCCUAAAGAAGGUGAGCCGGAUCAGCUGGAAUCAGCUCAUCACCCCUUUACUGCUCCACUGCCUGAGGACAUGCAGUUACUCUACACAGACCCACACAAGGUACGUGGCCAGCACUUCGACCUGGUGUUAAAUGGCAGUGAGAUUGGAGGAGGAUCCAUUCGUAUCCACAAAGCUUCAGAGCAGCUUCAUGUCCUGAAGAAUAUUCUUCUGGAGGAUCCCAGCCUCCUCUUUCACCUGCUGGAGGCUCUGGACUCAGGAGCGCCACCGCAUGGAGGCAUAGCGCUGGGUUUGGACCGGCUUGUCUCCAUCAUAGUCAGAGCUCCCAGUAUCCGUGAUGUCAUUGCAUUCCCCAAAUCCUUCCGGGGUCACGACCUCAUGAGCCGGGCCCCCGACCUUGUCUCUGACCAAGAUCUGAAGCCUUACCACAUCUCUGUCAGAUGGCCAAUGGAGGAAUGAGAUCAAAAAGGGAAGAGAUGAACAGUGCUCAGAGAAAAGGGGUUGAUGUAACCAUGACAACGGAGACAGAAGACACAGAGGUGCAUACAGUGAGCAGUCCAUGAGGAACUCUGCCAGCUGGCUGGCAUAGACGAGGAUGAAGACAAGGAGAAAGUGAGGAGGAGGUGAUGUUGUGGCUGAAUCUAGUUUGUUCUUCUUCAGAAGGGGACAUGGAUACCAAGACAACGCAGGAAAAGGAAAUGUAACAAUGCUUAAACCAAGAACAAAAGACUUCCUGAUAAAGGCAGACACUUCUGAACACUAAUAUGGCUUCAUCUCAUUCUUCUGAAUAAAGGUUUUAAUAUUUACAAAUUUGUAACUGUAAAUAAUGGUAAAAUACCUUGUUAUUUCUAAAUGUGGACUGUGAACCAAUUUCAAAAAUGAGGAAAAAUGCUGUGAACCUAC